AUGCAUUCCCUUAAAUUCUCUUCUCCUUCACUUCCCACUUCUUCCAAGCGAAGGCAGAGGAUUCUGUCGCGCAGGACGAGCAUCCUGGUUUUCAUUUUACUAGUGGUAGCUGCCUCUAUCAUCUAUCUUGGAUUUAGAUGCACGCGGGAGUUUCUGAGCACCUCCUCUGUCCCCUUUCAUCUCAUUAACCAGGACGAUGACGCAGAUUACUGGGAUUGGGAGACUCUAUCUCAUUUCACUCCUGAAGUGAAAACAGAAAAUAAUGACAAGAUCUUCUACAGCAAUCAGGCUGAUGAUGAUGAUGACCUUUGCAACACUUUCCCCUCCUAUCUCCUGUCGCGUAUUCAAGUCGUCCUGAAACUUGGUUCCUCUGAACCCGCGGAUCGUCUUCACACUCACACUGCCACGGUCACUCGCUGCAUCUCAAACCUGAUCAUUGUGUCUGAUCGCGAAUCUGAGGAUCAUCACAUUCAUGAUGUGCUCGCAACAUACCCACCGUCCUUUUGGGUCGACCUCACUGAUUACGAAACGUACAAGGCUCUCCAAUUGGGUAAUGGAAAGCCUGUGGAUGGGACUAAAGGCUGGAAUCUCGACCGCUUUAAAUUCUUGCCAAUGGUAGAACAUGCCUAUAGAAUAAACCCAGCAGCAGAGUGGUUCAUAUUUCUUGAGACUGACACCUACGUCUUCUGGGAUAAUGUCUUUCGACUCUUGGAUCACUACGACCCACAAACUUCCUUGUACUUUGGCUCCCCUGCCCCCGGAAGAAUGGAUGGCGAUAGACAAACAUACUUUGCCUAUGGUGGAUCAGGGUUCAUUCUUUCUGUGAGCGCGGUCAAAAAAUUGCUCAAGAGGGAAGUUGGCUUGUAUGGCCAAUAUAAGCAACCUUCCGUGGCUAUGCAGUUCGCUGAUUUGACUAAGGGGGACUGCUGUGGUGAUUCAGUGCUAGGUUGGGCGCUUCACCAGAAAGGCAUUGAACUAUCAGGACUAUGGCCAAUGUUUAAUGCACAUGCGCUUCAUGGGAUUCCAUUUGAUGAAGUCCAUUGGUGUCAGCCCGUCAUAAGUCUGCACAAGACUCAACUGGCAGAUAUGAAUGCAUUGAUUAAAUUCGAAAAUCAACGCAACCGAACUUAUCCAUUGCUAUACGCUGAUCUGAUGGACUUUUUGAAGUUAGGUACUUUCGCGGAAAAGGUCGAUUGGGAUAAUGGCGACUGGGGUGGUUUUCAAGAACGUCCGGAAUCUCCUGCGCACUCAUCAUUUAGCGCCUGCCGGACUGCUUGUCAUGACCACCCACAGUGUCUUUCAUACACCUAUGACUCUAGUGGACACUGCAUCUUCGUGCGUGCCAUAAGGCUUGGCUCAGAAAAGGUCAAUCCUCCGGAGUCGCGACUUUCCGCUGGCUGGGAUGCUGAAAAGAUCAAAGACUGGCAGGCGAGACACCGAUGCGAGAAGCCCAUGUGGGUGAAGCCAAGUCUGAAACGUAUAUUCUAG